AGGUGCAGAUCACCCCCUAAACUCACCAACUGGUGGCAAAUCACCCCCUCAACCCCAAUUGGUGGCAAAUCAACCCCUCAACUCACCAACUGGUGGCAAAUCAGCCCCUCUCUUAACCUUUCCGUUAACAUUUAACGACAAAUUAUAAUAACUCCUGUGGCAUCAUUAAGGUUCUGAGAUCUUCUUCUGGUCUAGACUAGACAGAGAUUGUUUGGGGAAAGAUAUGCAUAGGAGGUACUAUAGGAUAAGCACACCCAUAAGUCUUAACGAAGGGAUUUGACCUCAAAGGUUAAUCUUUUAGGUCUCACAUUAAUUGAGUGGAUCUGCCACUCCUAUUGGUUGUAGCUGCUAGAGCAGGAACGUUGAUUUGUCAGCAGUCACCAUAAUUACUAGGAGAAGAACAUUCCCUGAAUCUGAAUGUUGCUAGUGUGCUUUGCGGGGUCAAUAAGGCUUUAUCAAAGAAGUUGCUAAUAUAGUGUUCAAGGAAUGGUGAUGGGUGGCAUACCUUGACAGAUGCAGUCACAACAAGAAACCAUGUAAUUUAUUUAUCUUGUGGAUGGGUGAUUAAGUUUAUGCUUUGAAGUGUAAUUUAACCCUUGUACUGCACUGUUCCUCGAAUCUGGUUUGAACAUCCUAUUAAAAAAUGGAAGCGGAUAUUGUGAAAACUAAGCAGUCAGAUGUUCUUAAUAGAUGGCUUCCAGCACUCCUACCUGCGCUUCUUGUCUCAGUUGGGUAUGUUGAUCCUGGAAAGUGGGUCGCAACCAUUUAUGGAGGUGCACGUUUUGGGUCUGAGUUGGUAGCAGUAAUGCUUCUCUUCAAUUUUGCUGCCAUUUUGUGUCAAUACCUGUCAGCUCGAAUUGGUAUUGUCACUGGAAGAGAUCUUGCUCAGAUUUGCAGUGAUGAGUAUGAUAAGUACACAUGCAUGUUCUUAGGAGUUCAAGCAGAGCUCUCAGUGAUUGCAUUGGACCUUACUAUGGUUUUGGGCAUUGCACUUGGGCUUAAUCUUCUCUUUGGGGUGGAUCUGUCAGCUGGUGUUUUUUUAGCUGCUCUGGAUGCUGUUUUAUUUCCCAUUUUUGCCACCUUCCUUGAUUACUGGAAGACAAAUGUGUUUUCCAUGUACAUGGUGGGCUUUGUAUUGCUCUCUUAUGUGUUUGGAGUGCUUAUCAGUCAACCUGAGAUCUCAAUUUCCAUGCAUGGUGUACUAACAAAAUUGAAUGGAGAGAGUGCUUUUGCCUUGAUGAGUCUUCUUGGGGCAAAUAUUAUGCCUCACAACUUUUACCUUCAUUCUUCCAUUGUUAAGCGGUAUCAGGGGCCAGCAAAUAUUUCCAAGAGUGCCUUGUGUCACAAUCAUUUUUUUACCAUCUUAUGUCUCUUCAGUGGAAUUUAUCUAGUAAAUCACGUGCUGAUGAAUUCGGCUGCAAAUGUAUUCUUCAGUUCUGGCUUUGAUUUGCUUACUUUUCAAGAUGCAUUAUCACUAAUGGAACAGGCCUUUACGAAUGCAGUAUUUCCCUCAGCCUUUUUUCUGCUUAUAUUCUUAUCUAAUCAAAUCACAGCAUCAACCUGGAAUUCUGGUGGACAAGUAGUCUUAAAUGACUUCCUCAGACUUGACAUACCUGGUUGGCUGCAUUCUGCAACAAUCAGAAUCAUAGCAAUGGUCCCAGCUCUUUAUUGUGUGUGGACUUUGGGAGCUCAAGGCAUAUAUCAGUUGCUUAUCUUCACUCAGGUUAUGGUAGCGCUGCUGCUUCCAUCUUCUGUGAUCCCCUUGUUUAGGAUUGCCUCAUCAAGGCCAAUUAUGGGUGUCCACAAAAUUCCAUCUUUUGUGGAGUUCUUAGCCCUGAUAACUUUCCUGGGAAUGUUGAGUUUAAAGGUUAUUUUUGUGGUAGAAAUGAUAUUUGGGAAUAGUGACUGGGUUGGCACUUUGAGAGAUAAUGCUGGGAUUGGCUCAUCUAUCUCAUUUUUUGUGCUUCUCAUUGCUGCUUGUUCAUCAUUUUCUUUUAUGCUUUGGUUACUAGCUACUCCACUAAAGUCUGCAAGUUCGCAAGUUGAUGCUUUUGGACAGGUGGAGGAAGAUGAUUUGGCUGACACCAGAUACCAUAGAGAGGAACCUGUUCAGAAGCAGGAACCAGCAACCCGUAAGACUGUUGAAAGGCAUUCAGAAGAUGUAUCUGAUGAGAAUUUUGAACUGCAAUUGCCUGAGAGUAUCAUAGAGUCUGACCAGGAAAUCAGUUUGACCACUGUUGAGGAGAACUCUUCUAGUGUUACAUUGUCUAGGCCUUUGGUUGAUAAUAAAGAGGAAGCAGCAUCUAUGGCUGUGUCAGCUCCAAGUAUAGGCAAUGAGGUGGGGCAUGAUGAUUUACCAAACACCAAGACUUUGAAAAUUGAAUCAUUGAGCCCUGUGGAAAAAACAGUAAGUUUAGAGGCAGAUCUACGAGUUGAAAAAGAUGAUGAUGAGGGAGAUAUCUGGGAGCCUGAAGAACUAUCAAAAGCUGCUCCUGUGAGCACUGCAUCUCUGAUGCCUGAUGGCCCUCCUUCUUUGAGGAGUCUCAGUGGGAAAAGUGAUGAAGGUGGAAAUGGUACUGGGAGUCUGUCAAAAUUAGCUGGUUUGGGGCGUGCUGCAAGGCGCCAACUGGCUGCAUUUCUUGACGAAUUUUGGGGACAGUUGUAUGAUUUCCAUGGACAAUUUACUCAGGAAGCAAAGGUUAAGAAACUAGAUGUCUUGUUGGGGGUUGAUUCUAAGCCAACAUUAUCAUCACUAAAAGUGGAUGUUACUGGGAAGGAAUAUGGUGGGCAUUUUCCUUCUGGUGUAGGAAGAGGAGCUGAAUCCAUCAUGAGCUCUACUCACUAUGACUCUCCUAAGCAGCCAAGAGUGCAAAAUAGUAUUGAUUCUCCAUAUGGAUUUCAAGGGGGAUCUUCCUUGUGGUCAAACCACACACAAUUGUUGGAUCCAUAUGUUCAAAGUUCCAGCUGUAAUGUUGAUGUUAGUGAGAGGCGGUACUCAAGCCUGCGUGUGGCACCAUCUACUGAUUCAUGGGAUAAUCAGCCAGCUACAGUGCAUGGCUUUCCGAUUUCAUCUUAUGUCAAUCCAAUUGCUAAGGACAGAAACUCUAAUUGCUUGAAUGGUCAAGUUGAGUCACCUCUGUCAAGAUCUCCUUCACUUGCUCCCAUAAAUUAUGGAGGUCAACUGGGUUUUGCACCAGGGAAAAAAAUGCAAAAUGGGAUAAUCUCUGCACAAGCACCUGGAUUUCAGAACCAUGCGGUUUCUAGAAACAUUCUUUUGCAGCCUGAAAGAUCUUAUUAUAAUUUACGCUCUACUGUACCACCUGAUGGUAGUGUGGUCUCAUCCAAUACCAAGAAGUAUCAUAGCUUACCAGACAUCUCAGCACGUUCUGUUCCUCGGGAUGUGUUAGUGUCUGAUAAAGGAGCUCCGUGGGAUGGUCGCUUUGGAUAUGGCUCAUCCAUUGGUAGGACAAACUAUGAAACAAUGUAUUCAAAUGCAGGAUCAAGGGCAGGAGCUCCUUUGGUCUUCAAUGAGCUUUAUCCAUCGAAGGGCUAUCGGGAUACUUUCCCCAUGCAAUUCAGCUCAGGUUCAGAUACUGGAUCCCUUUGGUCCAGACAGCCUUUUGAGCAGUUUGGUGUGGCUGAUAAAAGUCGUUCUGCUGGGAGUGAAGAACUUGGAGAUGAGUGGAACUCAGUUGCUCAAGAAUCUACGUCAGUGUUGGAUUCAGAGGCAAAGCUUCUUCAAUCUUUUCGACAUUGUAUAAUUAAACUUUUGAAACUGGAAGGUUCUGAUUGGUUGUUUAGACAAAGUGAUGGAGCUGAUGAAGAAUUAAUUGAUCGAGUUGCAGCAAGAGAAAAAUUUCUGUAUGAAGCUGAGAGUAGAGAGAUAAACCAGCUCGGUCACAUUAGUGGUUCUCAAUAUUUGUCAUCUGACAAGAGAGUUGGUUCUGCACUGAAAAAUGACGAGGUAGGUGUUGCUGACUCACUCAUUUCAUCAGUUCCUCAAUGUGGCGAUGCGUGUAUUUGGAGGGCAGAUUUGAUAGUGAGCUUUGGGGUGUGGUGCAUUCAUCGGAUUCUUGAUCUUUUAGUAAUGGAAAGCCGACCGGAGCUUUGGGGAAAAUAUACUUAUGUGCUUAAUCGCCUUCAGGGUGUGAUGGAUUUGGCAUUUUCAAGGUCCCAUAGUCCAAUGGCCCCUUGUUUCUGCCUUCAAAUUCCUGUGGCGCACAGAUCAAGUCCACCUGUUACAAAUGUAAUGUUGCCCCCAUCUGCCAAACCUGGCAGGGGUAAAUGUACAACAGCAGCUAUGGUCUUAGAGAUGAUUAAGAACGUGGAGACGGCAGUAUCUUCUCGAAAGGGUCGAACAGGAACUGCUGCUGGUGAUGUAGCCUUUCCAAAAGGAAAAGAGAAUCUGGCAUCUGUGCUUAAACGCUACAAGAAGCGGUUGUCCAACAAGCCAGUCAGCACUCAAGAGGGGUCUGGAUCCCGCAAGGUUCCAUUGACAUCUCCUUACGGUUCGUAAGCUUUCAUUUCAGCUUUAGCCUUUUCUGGGUUGACAGUGGCUGAGCUGCAUUGAUUUUGGACAGCAGCUUACUUACUGGAGUCAGUGCUGCAAAUAUGAUUCUCAUGUGUGUUGUUAUAUAUACAUAGAACAAGAGUUUCUGAACUUGUUUUGCAGCAGAUUUAAGCAAAAUGAUUAGUAGGUUGAAAUUGAUCAACAAUGGCAAAUGUAAUUUUGGCUGUGGACAUCAUCAGUUCUUGAUUCAGAUAUUAAUGCCUGAAGAUUGAGGGCAUAACUGCAAGGAAACAGAAAUCGUCUCAUCAGCUGGCAUGUGUUGUGUCAACUCUUUCAUAGGUCCCAACUGCUGCUGAUUUCUGAGUAGGUGGCUUAGAAAAUUGCAUUUUGCUUAUGCAACCUGUGCCUCACUAAAUACAAUCAACUGUCUCAACUGGUUUUGUAUAUAUAACAGUAUUUUUUUUUUUUUAAUUAUUUCUCAUAGUUACCUUGAUGGUCCCUCCAUCAAUUAUCAUAAGUGGCCCAGUCUGUCCUGUACGGGCUGCACUUUUCUGAUUUUCAUAAACGAACCUCCCAUCCCUGAAGCUUAAUAAUUGAUCCCAACAAGG